AUGCAUGAAGAAAGUUUUACAGGUGUAUUCGCAGACAUUGUUCAAAAACUGCUCCCUGACUUGCAUACGAAGCUGAAAGUGUUAGGAUUGGACGAUAUGAUAGCGCUAUCGUGGUUUUUAACGGUAUUCCUGAAUGCAGUCAAGUUUGACGCAGCAAUUCAUAUUCUCGACUUGUUUUUCUACGAUGGCUCAAAGGUGAUGUUCCAAGUUGCGUUGCAAAUCCUCAAAGAGAAUCAGAACGAAAUUUUGGAAGCGCGAGACGACGGUGAAGCACUUUUGUUGUUGACGAGGUUUACGGAUAGACUGAUCGACAGAGAAUGUGGUGAGGGUGGUGAAGAAGAUAAG